AGGGUGGGCAGGAUUUCCACCAGAGCAGAGCAGCCGGCACUGGAGCAGCCACAACCUGCCCUGCCAUGGUCCCCCCACUCUGCGCCCUCCUGCUUCUCAUCCUCACCUCAGGCUCUGGGGCCCGGGCCCUACUGCCAGCUGAGUCCCCCCAGUGCAGUGGGGAUGUGGGCAUCCAGGGGGGCAACGUGAGCCUGUCAGAUGGGUUGCGCCCAGGCAGCCUCCUCACCUACCUGUGCCCCCUUGGCACCUACCCCUACCCCCAGCCCAGCCGCCUCUGCCAACCCAGUGGGCAUUGGACCCCUCUGCGUACCUCCUCCAGCACCCACAACCCCACCCCUACCUGCCGCAAGAUGCGGUGCCCACCACAGCUGCAGUUCGAGCAUGGGACUGUGGGGCCACGCCGCACCUUCUAUCUCGUGGGCUCUGAGCUCACCUUCGAGUGCCGUGAUGGCUACACCCUGCGUGGGAGCGCCCUGCGUCGCUGCCUGCCCACAGGCCGCUGGGACGGGGAGAUGCCAGCCUGCGAUGAUGGAGCGGAGCACUGCCCCGAGCCUGGUGUACCGGCCGGGGCGCUGCGGCGUGGCUCCCGCUACCGCCAGGGUGACCGUGUAUCCUACCGCUGCCAGGGGACCCUGGCUCUAGUGGGGUCCCCUGAGCGUGAGUGCCUACCCACUGGGGAGUGGUCUGGGGCGGAGCCCACCUGCCGCUUCCCUUUCUCCUACGACUUGCCUGAGGAUGUCACGGCCUCAUUCGGGGCAUCCCUGAUUAGUGUCCUGGGUUUUGUGGCCUCCUCAACCUCCACCGACCAAAACCAGCCUGUCCUCAAGACCUACUCCCUGGAGCGGCGGCUGAUCCUCAGCCAGGACAGUGUCCUCCAUCUCUACCUGCUCGUGGAUGCCUCCAAGAGCGUCAGUGAGGCCAACUUCCAGGUCUUCAAGGACUGUGUCAAGAUCAUGGUGGACCGGAUUGCCAGCUUUGAUGUGCCUGUGAAAUUUGCCGUCAUCUCGUAUGCGUCCAAGCCCAUCGUGAUCGUUCCCAUAAAUGGAGAAGAAGCUGGCGAUGCUGACGAAGUCCUUGAACGCGUGGAGAACCACAUGAGCAAGAAAGCUCAUGGCAACAGGACAGGGACCAACAUCCAUGAUGCACUGCAGGAAAUCUAUCACUGGAUCAUCUUCCAGAAGGAGGCGUUGUCCAAGACCAACAAACCGGAUGAGUGGAAGAAAGUAAGGCAUGCUGUCAUCCUGCUGACGGAUGGCAAAUUCAACAUGGGCGGGUCCCCAAAACAUGCUGUGACCAAAAUCGAAGAUGUCUUGGAGGUGAAGCCAGACAGGAAUGAUUACCUGGACAUCUAUGCCUUUGGAGUGGGGCAGACGGAUGUGGAGUGGGAAGACCUCAACGCCAUUGCCUCCAAGAAGAUUGGGGAGCAACAUGCCUUCAAGCUCAAUGGCCCUGUGGAGCUCCGCACUACCCUGGACAGCAUCUUGGAUGUGAAGAGCAUCGGGGAGGUGUGUGGACUCGGGAACCACUCAGAGGGUGCCACAGCCCAGCAGAUGAACCCCUGGCACGUGGUCAUUAGGCCAGAACGGGGGGAGUCAUGCCGGGGGUCACUGGUGGCCGACCGCUGGGUGCUGACAGCUGCGCACUGCUUCAACAAUGUGCAGAACACCAAGCUCUGGAGGGUCAACAUAGGUUCCAAGGAUAUCCAAAUUGCGCAGCGCUUCGACCACCCGCAGUACAACGUCCGGGCCAAGGUGGACCAAGGCAUCCCUGAGUUCUAUGACUAUGACCUCUCCCUGCUGCAGCUGGAGAGACCCGUGCACUUUUCCGCCACCAUCAGGCCGAUCUGCCUGCCCUGCACCAAGGAGGCGAACCGAGCCCUGAGGAAACCAGUGAGGGCGACCUGCAAGGACCACGAGGUAGAACUGCUGAGGCAGGCACGGGUCCCGGCCCAGUUCAUCUCUCUGGACAAUGAGCGCCUGAGCGUGCACAUCAAGACCAAUGAGAUGUGGGCACGCUGCACAGAGGGAGCAGUGCAGCCAGGGACGCUAUAUGCAGGCAAGGCAAACGUAUCGGAUGUGGUCACGCAGCGCUUUCUCUGCUCCGGCCCUGAGAGCACCGGCGAGCCUGAGGCCUCCACCUGCAAGGGUGAGUCCGGCGGGUCCUUGUUCGUGGAGAAGAAGAUGAGGUAUUUCCAGGUGGGCGUGGUCAGCUGGGGCACCUACAACCCGUGUGCCCAGAGUCGCCCUGACAACCAGGGGCGGAUGCAGAGGAAGCCACCGCCCCACAGGCACCAUCCCCGCGACUUCUACCUCAGCCUCUUCCAGACCCAGGAUUGGCUGCGGGAGCACCUCAGCCCCGCCCUCCACUUCCUGCCCCCGGCCUGACCCCUCGCCCCUGACCUCCACCAUCCCAGCAUGCCCCGGGGAAUGGCCCCCAUCGCUGCCAUCCCAGCAUGGCCUGCUGAGAAGACUUCCCGCUGCCCAGCAUGCCCCGGAGUGGGUGCCCCCCAUCAACGCCAUCCCAGAGACUCCCAGCAUAUUGUGCUGUAGAGACCCCUGACAUCCCUUCAUGGGCCAGGGCACGGGCCCCCACUGCCACCAUCCCAGCAUGCCCUGCUGUAGAGACCCCCAACAUCCCAGCAUGCCCUAGAGUGUGGGGCCCUCACCCCUGACAUCCCAGAAUGCCUUGCUCCAGACACAGCCGUGGCCUGGCCAGCAUAUCUCUCCCCAAAAUCCCAGGGCCCGACCCAGCAUCCUGUGCUCUGCUCCAAUGGCCCACAGUCCUUUGCGCUCAGUCCCUUCCCAGCAUCCCGUGCUGCUGAUGGAACAAUAAAGUCCUGGUGUCAAGACAGAACUUCA